AUGGCCCCCACCCACGGCCACGAGGAAAUAGAGGGGCGCUAUAAAGAGUAUGCCUAUAGCCCUGUACCAGCGAGUUCCACUUCAGCGCUGUACGAUUCAACCGCCCUUGGAAAAUAUCCUGAGACUGGUGCCGGUUCACCUAAAUAUCGUAUCAACGGUGUCCAGAAGUGUCGUGUUGCAGAAAUGACGGAGAAGGGUUCGACGAUACUUCAAUACGCCGCCGCGGCUGCGGCGAACCUGUGCAGCGUGUCGGCUGGAGCUAUGAUGGGUUGGACGAGUCCGGUAUUCCCGAGGUUGUUGAAAGUAGAAGGCAACCCCUUAGGUCGACCAAUCACGCCGGACGAGAAGUCUUGGAUCGGCUCACUGAUUGCCGUGGGAGCGAUCAUAGGCAGUUUCGUGGCUGGCUACUUGGCAGAAAGAUUGGGCAGAAAAUGGACACUGCUGUCAGCGGCGGCGCCAUUCCUGAUCGGAUGGAUCCUGAUCGGAACAGCCACGGUGGUGCCCCAGUUGUACGUUGCCCGAAUAAUCCUCGGUUUCGCCCUAUCGUUCGCUUUCACGGUGGUGCCCAUGUACUGUGGCGAGAUCGCAGAGACGUCAGUCAGAGGAGCCCUCGGGUCCUUCCUGCAACUCUUCGUCACCAUUGGCCUGCUGUACGCGUACUGCAUCGGGCCCUACGUGUCCUACCUGGUGUUCUGGCUGCUCUGCGCCAUUUGCCCUAUCGCCUUCCUGGCCUGCUUCAUCACUAUGCCCGAGUCGCCGUACUACUUGCUGAAGGUCGGCAAGAGGACAGACGCGGUGAACGCUUUGGCCAGGCUUCGGAGCAAGUCUGCAGCCAGUGUGCAGAAGGAGGCGGACGAAAUCCAGGCUGCCGUUGACGAAGCCUUCAGGACCGAAGCGAAGGUCACCGACCUGUUCACCGUUACUACGAACCGCAAAGCUCUGCUGUUCACGUGCCUGCUAGUUAUGUUCCAACAGUUCAGCGGCAUCAACGUGGUCCUCUUCUAUAUGGAGGACAUCUUCCAGAGCGCACGCUCCUCGCUACCCAGCGCGCUGUCAACCAUAAUCGUCGGCGCUGUUCAGACCGGGUCCUCGGCAGUCACUCCGGUGAUCGUUGACAAACUCAAUAGAAAGACACUGCUAGUAUUCUCCGGCAUUGGCGAGACCGUCGCCCUGAUAGCACUGGGGAUCCACCUGUUCCUGCAAGAUCGAGGAUCAGACAUGAGCUCGGUCGCGUUCCUACCUAUUCUGUCUCUGGUCAUAUUCAUCGCUACGUACUGCGUGGGCUGGGGUCCCCUGGCCUGGACCGUGAUGGGCGAGAUGUUCGCGUCUAACGUGAAAUCCAAGGCUUCCGGGAUCACGGUGUGCGUGUGCUGGCUGUGCUCCUUCUUCAUCACCUUCUACUGCAACAAGCUGCAGCAAGCUUGGGGCAACUACUCGCUCUACUGGCUGUUCGCCGCGUUCUGCGUGGCGAGCGUGGUGUUUACGAUAAUGGUGCUGCCUGAGACGAAGGGAAAGAGCCUGCAACAGAUUCAGAACGAGCUGAGCGGCAAGAAAUCGGAGAUCCCCGAGUUCGAGAGCAAACAGUGAAAACAGUAUUACGGUUCCCGGGCCAGCCGGGGACGAUCUCGAUCCACGAUUUCGUCCCCGACCUCGUUCUUCCUCUUCUUAUUUCUAUAUACGUAAGCGCGUCUUUAUACUGCCAAAGAUCACGGAUCGCGAGUCUGCAUCCUCCCUGCGAGCGGCACGUGACGAGUGGACACCGUGUUCUCCAUCGUUGAAAUCGCAGGAACGCGUUCGAUCGACGAUGCUCACGAUUUUAGGUAUUUACACGCGUACCUACACGCGUAGGUACACCCUAGGGAUGUAAGAGACGCGCGUUCGAUGCGAUGACAUUAUCGGUAGCGAACACGGAGAACUUCCACGAAGAAGAGUAUCGCGUUCGAUCAGCUCGCACAGUGACAGUGCGCGACGAGACGGUGACAAACCCCGACGAUGAUCUCCGGUGUUUCUCGAGCAACUUCGAAGACCGUGCAACUGUAAAUUAAAUUUCGCUUUUCAUAGAUCAGUAGCUUAGAAUUCCUCCGGUAUUUUCUAUUUAUUACGCAGUUUUGGUCCCCAGUUUGGCUAGUGAAAACACACGCGAGUCUUCGUAACGCUCGCACGUGUCGCUGAGAAUCGCGAUAGAUUAAUUCUGCAUAGACUCUCGUUCUUGUUUCCUAUUAAUCUAUUAACCAUCGAACGAUAGUCUGCCACGUUCCUCGCCACGUCCGCGGAAUAAUAGUUUCUAAACGUAUUUAUUUCCUGACAAGUCUUAGUCGUCCAGCGUACGUGUCGUUUCCUUUGUACGUAAGGUUCAAAGCGAUCCUCCGUAUCCCGAGUAUGAUAAUAUUUAAUAAUUUAACGCCGUAUUAGACGCGCGUGUGUGCGUGCGAGUGCGUGUGUAUACGAGGACGAAUUCCGCUGCACCGAGCAACCACCGCGCCAUCGCGAUUCUCGAUCGAUCGUGGAGCGAUAGAACGCGUCGAUCAUCCGAGGCCCGAUCGAGGACCCACCUCCGACCCAGUCGCACAAGCGAAAUCGCGCGAUGGCUAGGCAAAACGAUUCGCACGCGGGAAUUCCGCAAAUACGAUCGAUCCUUAUCUAAUUAUAAGACGAGCGGCGUGCCAGCGCACGUCACGCGGAGAAGAAAAAGAAGGAAAAAAAGGGAUGACGCAGGUGGAAUUUUUUGAAUCGUUCAAUGGACACGUGAGUCGUGUAUUUUCUACGACUGGUAGACUUUGGUCGCGAUCCGGGCAAUUCGGAGGGACUCAUCGUAGAAAGAUAACUCGCGGGGUUCGAGAUGACUCGCGUCCAUUUUGUUUCUCCUCCUUCUGGAAUCAGAGGAACGCAAAAUUUUUCGUGAUCAAAGACUGCGACUGCUUGAAGCUCUGAGGGACUGAUCACAGAGAGACAGAGGUGAGUCAAUUCGGCCUUCGAUCACGAAAAUUUUGCGUUCUUCCUUCAUCUGGAAUAAGAGGAACGUGCAAUUUUUCGUGAUAGAAGGCUGCGACUGCUUGAAACUCUGAGGGACUGAUCGUGGGGAGAUAGAGGAGAGUCAGUUUCAAGUAGUCGCAGCCUUCCAUCACGAAAAUUUUGCGUGCCUGUUAUUCCAGAAGAAGGAGGAACAAAAUGGACGCGAGUCACUUCUGAGUCUCUCGGGGUCCAUUUUCGUUCUUCCUUCUUCUGGAAUAAGAGGAAUGCAAAAUUUUCCUGGCCAAUUUCACCUCUGAGUCUCCCGGGGUUCUAGGUGACUCGUGUCCAUUUUCGUU